AUGUCUGUUUCGGUCCAAGAGCUGGACGCCACAGUCCAGGCUUUCUUUGAAGGCAAAGGCGACGUGCAAAAACAAGCCCAACAGACCCUAACAGAAUUCAAGCAAAACCCCGAUGCCUGGGUCACUGUGGGCAACAUCCUCCAGGAGGCCUCGUAUCCUCAAACGAAAUACAUUGCCCUCCAGGUCCUCGACGAUGUGAUUAUGACUAGAUGGAAGGUUCUACCCAGAGAUCAAUGCCAGGGUAUCCGAAACUUCAUCGUCAAUUUUAUUAUCGAGAACUCCGGCUCCGAAGAGAAGCUCCGCACCGAGCGCGCAUUCUUGAACAAACUGAACUUGGUCUUGGUCUCGAUCCUGAAGCAGGAAUGGCCACACAACUGGCCCACCUUUAUCAACGAGAUUAUCUCCUCCUGCCAUGCCAGCCUCUCGAUCUGUGAAAACAAUAUGGCCAUUCUGCGCCUGCUGUCCGAGGAAGUCUUUGAUUUCUCUCAGGACCAGAUGACCUCGGUUAAAGCGCGGAACCUCAAGACUUCCAUGACCCAGGAAUUCUCCGCCAUCUUCUCACUCUGCUCCGAGGUCCUCAACACCGCCAACCAGCCGACUUUGGUGAAGGCGACUCUCGAAACGCUCCUUCGCUUCUUGAACUGGAUCCCGCUGGGCUACAUCUUCGAGACCCCCAUCAUCAACACGCUCCUGACCCGUUUCCUGGACGUGCCCGACUUCCGGAAUGUCACGCUCAAGUGCCUCACGGAGAUUGGUGGCCUGCAGAUUGGUUCCCCGUACAACUACGAUGAGAGACUGGUGCACAUGUUCACCGAGACUCUGACAAAGGUCUCAAAUGUCAUCCCCCUGUCCAUGGACUUGAAGGAGACGUUUGCGCGGAGCAACGGAAGAGAUCAGGAGUUUGUCUCCAACUUGGCCCUCUUCUUGUCGAGCUUCUUCAGCGCCCACUUGGAUCUCAUUGAAAAGUUGCCGAACCAAGACUACCUCACGCAUGCCCAUUUCUACCUGAUCCGCAUCAGCCAAAUCGAAGACCGGGAAGUGUUUAAGAUUUGUUUGGAUUACUGGACUCGGUUGGUGCAGGAGCUUUACGAAGAGAUGCAACAACUCCCCAUCACCGACAUCAACCCGCUCGUGACCAUGGGUGUCAGUGGGCUGUCCAACGGUGGCGCACCUCACCCCAGUACCCUCGCCAAUUACCCCCUUCGCAAGCACAAAUACGAGACCGUGCUUUCGAACCUGCGUACCGUCAUGAUCGAGAAGAUGGUCCGUCCGGAGGAAGUUCUGAUCGUUGAGAACGACGAGGGCGAGAUUGUGCGUGAAUUUGUCAAGGAGAGUGAUACGAUCCAGCUCUACAAGACGAUCCGCGAGUGCUUGGUCUACCUCACACAUCUGGACGUCGUGGACACCGAGACCAUCAUGAUUGACAAGCUGGCGAAGCAAGUCGAUGGUACUGAAUGGUCAUGGGUGAAUUGCAACACCCUGUGCUGGGCAAUUGGUUCCAUUUCCGGCGCCAUGAAUGAAGAAACCGAAAAACGCUUUCUGGUUACGGUGAUCAAGGACCUUCUCGGCCUGACGGAGCAGAAGCGUGGAAAGGACAACAAGGCCGUCGUGGCCAGUAAUAUCAUGUACAUCGUGGGCCAAUACCCUCGAUUCUUGAAGGCCCACUGGAAAUUCUUGAAGACCGUGGUUAACAAGCUUUUCGAGUUCAUGCAUGAAACCCACGAAGGUGUCCAAGACAUGGCCUGCGAUACCUUCAUCAAGAUCGCCAACAAGUGCCGACGACACUUCGUGGCUCUUCAACCGGGCGAAAAUGAACCUUUUAUUGAGGAAAUUGUGCGCAAUAUGCGGAAGAUCACUAUGGAUUUGUCGCCACAGCAGAUUCACACGUUCUAUGAAGCCUGCGGCUACAUGAUCUCUGCUCAGGGUCAAAAGACACUUCAGGAUCGGUUGAUCGACAACCUUAUGGCUUUGCCCAACUCGGCUUGGGAUCAGAUCAUUGCCGAAGCCAACCAAAAUGCCGCGAUUCUCCAGGAUGGUAACACAAUCAAGAUCAUUGGUAACAUUAUGAAGACAAACGUCGCAGCGUGUUCUUCCAUUGGAACCUACUUCUACUCCCAGAUUGGCCGCAUUUACCACGACAUGCUGAACAUGUAUCGUGCUUCUAGUCAGCUCAUUAACGAUGCAGUCGCCAGUGAUGGAAGCGUUGCGCCCAAGACGCCGAAAGUCCGAGGACUUCGCACCAUUAAGAAGGAGAUCCUCAAGCUCAUUGAUACCUAUGUGGAGAAGUCAGACGAUCUUGAAAUGGUCAAUGCCAACAUGGUUCCACCGCUUCUCGAGGCCGUUCUCAUUGACUACCACCGCAAUGUGCCAGAUGCGCGUGAAGCGGAAGUCUUGAAUGUCAUGACGACAAUUAUUCACAAGCUUCAUGCUCUGAUGGAGGAUAAGAUCCCUGCCAUCAUGGACAGUGUUUUCAGCUGUACCCUGGAAAUGAUCAACAAGGAUUUCCAUGAGUAUCCCGAACAUCGCGUUCAGUUCUUCAAGCUCCUCCAGGCCAUCAACUUGUAUUGCUUCCAAGCGCUACUCAACCUUGAUGGUACCCAAUUCAAGUUCGUCAUCGAUUCUUGCAUGUGGGCAUCGAAGCAUGAUAAUCGUGAGGUGGAGAACACAGGUCUUACCAUGUGCCUGGAACUGAUGAACAACAUGGCCGAGACGGAUGUGAACACAUCGAGUAUCUUCUUCCGCCAAUUCUACAUCCCAAUCCUCCAGGAUGUCUUCUUUGUACUGACUGACAGUGAUCACAAGGCUGGCUUCAAAUCCCAAGCCAUGCUCCUGUCUCGCAUGUUCUACUUCAUUGAAGCUGGCAAGAUCCAAGAGCCGAUCUAUACGCCGGAUCAGGCUCCGGCUGGUCCAUCCAACAAGGAAUUUCUGCAGGAGUACAUUGCAAACCUGCUGCAGAAUGCAUUCAAGAACCUGCAAGAGGUGCAAAUCAAGCAAUUUGUGCUUGGGUUGUUUGCCUAUACCGAUGACUUGAACAAGUUCAAGACCCACUUGCGUGAUUUCUUGAUUUCCCUGAAAGAGUUCUCUGAUGACAAUGCAGAGCUCUAUGCAGAGGAAAGAGAGCAAGCUGUGCGUGAUGCCCAAGCUGCCGAGCGAACCCGAGCCAUGAAGGUCGGUGGUUUGUUGAAACCAUCGGAGAUGGACCAGGAAGACGAGCUAUGA